AUGGAGUACGAUUUGAUACCAAUUAGUAUUAUCCCAAUGUCUCCUCAGCUUAACAUUGAUACAUUGGAUCAAUCAUUCAUGUAUUCGCAAUUAGUUAAAGAAAUUAUCCUUGAUAUUGAAUACAAUACAAAUGCAAAGAAAGAACUUGUUGAUUUUUGUCGUUUGCACUAUGCUGGUAAUACUCGUGAACUGGAGAUAAUUAAUGAAUUUGAAAAGCACUAUGAUGAUCCAUCACCUAUCUGGUGGUACACUCGAGAAUGCUUUACUUACAUGAUGCUUAAUAAAGCUUUAAGAACACAAGAUUUAGAAGUCAUCGUUAAAAUGGCUUUUUUUAUUCGCGAUCUACAUCAACAAAUAAAAGAACUUCAAUGGCAAUCAAAUUGUCAAAAUCAAUUGUUUGUUUAUCGAGGACAAGGUAUGCUAAACGAUGAAUUUGAUAAACUAACUAAAAAUCAAGGCGGAUUAUUUUCGUUCAAUAACUUUCUAUCUACAAGCACCAAAAGAGAAGUGUCAAUUGGAUUUGCACGUCGUGCUCGAAUAAAUGCUGCUCUAACUGGAAUUUUAUUUGAAAUGAAAAUCGACCCAACAAUUUCAUCAAUUCCAUUUGCCUCGUUAGAUCAAAUUAGUUAUUUCUCUACUGAAAAAGAAAUUCUCUUUUCAAUGAAUACUGUUUUUCGGAUUGGUCAGAUGAAACAACUUGAAGAUCGUUUGUGGCAAGUUGAUCUGACAUUGACCAGUGGUAAAGAUCAACAGUUACAGGAUCUUACUGACUAUUUACGAAAUGAGAUUGGCGGUGGAAAUGGAUGGCAACGAAUGGGCAUAUUGAUGUUUAAAAUGGGUGAAUUUAGCAAAGCUACUGAAAUCUACAAAACACUUGUUGCCGACGUGUCUGAUACUACUGAUGCCGCAUCUGCCGAUUUGCAAGCAGCAACAUACAACAACACUGCUUUAACGUAUCAGACCAUGGGACAACACACACUUGCUCUGUCAUUCUUCGAGAAAGCACUUGAAAUCAAACUAAAAUACUAUCCACCCAAUGACUCAUCACUCGCCGUGACUUACAACAACGUGGGUAUGGUGCAUAACUCAUUGGGGAAUUUUGCUGCAGCACAAUCAUACUUUGAAAAAACGAUAGAUAUCUGGCAGAAAUCUCUUCCGUCAAAUCAUUCGUCCUUUGGUGCUGUAUAUAAUAACCUGUGUGGAAUGCAUCAAUCCAUGGGCAAUUAUUCGACUGCACUGCUAUAUGCUGAAAAAGCGCUUACAAUAUGGAAAGAAUCGCUUCCGGCAGAUCACCCAAACCUGGCUACUGCCUACUCUAAUAUUGGUAAUUUGCACCAAUCAAUGAACAACUACUCUGCCGCACUGUUGACUUUGAAUAAAUGUCUCGAAAUCCGUCUGAAGAUACUUCCACCCAACCAUCCAGAUAUAGCGAACACCUAUAGAGAUCUUGGUGCACUAUGUCAGUAUUUAUCAAAGUACCAAGAUGCAUUAUCAUAUUUUGAAAAAGCUCUUGAAAUCCAAGAAAAAUCUCGUUCUCUGAAUCAUGCAGAUUUGGCAACAACAUACAAUAAUAUUGGUACAACAUAUAUUUCAAUGAACGAUAACUCAACUGCAUUAUCAUACCUUCAAAAGGCACUAGAAAUUCAGCAGAAAUAUCUGUCUUGUGAUCAUAUAGACUUGGGGAGGACCUAUAUAAACAUUGGACAAAUACAACAUUCAUCGGGUCAAUUAUCAAUUGCACUCUCAUAUUAUGAGAAAGCACUCGACAUCUGGCAGAAACGUCUUCCAUCUAAUCAUCCAUCGAUGGCUACUAUUUAUAAUGACAUGACCAUGGCCUGUGCUGGUCUCGGUCGAAAGCGAGAGGCUGUCGCUUAUGCCGAACGAUGUGUCGCUAUUUCAGUCGAUAGGUUAGGACCAGAUCAUUUGCAGACCAAAGCGAUACGAUUAUUUGUUGAUCACCUUCGACGACAAAUGUGA